CUGAUAUUUAUAGAUCGUAGGGAGUGUUGUUUUUCAAUAAAUAAAUGUGUUAAAAUGGAGGAAACGAAAGUAAUUUAUUACAUAGACGAUGAAGAAACUCCGUAUUUGGUUAAAAUACCUAUUUCACCCGAGAAAGUUACGUUAUUAGACUUCAAAAAUCAGUUAAACAGACCGAACUAUAAAUUUUUCUUUAAAUCGAUGGACGAUGAUUUUGGUGUUGUUAAAGAAGAAAUAGUCGAUGAUAACGCUCAUUUGCCGUGUUUUAAUGGUCGUGUUGUGUCGUGGCUCGUAUCCGCCGAGGGCUCGAACCCCUCAGACGGCGGCUCCCAGUGUACGGACAGUAACGCAGGCAAGACAAAACCAGCUCAUGGAGCUCCAGCGGCGCCUCUCACGAGGGACACCUGUACGGAUACGGACAGUACGAUAAGCUCCCGACCGGGGCACAGAGCUUCCUGCGACAAAUACAAAUAUAGGGGCCUCCGAAUCAAUGGACACUCGAAAUUUGGCAAUCAUGGCCUAGAGUAUGAGACUGCUUCGGUAUUAAGCUCGGAUUUAGACUCGACUAGCUUGUUUGACAGUCAAUCUGAAAUAACCAAUACAACAGGUCGCCACACAAACGCUUCAGUAGACAGAGCACUAACAGAGUGUAGCAGUGUAUCGCAUCUUCAAGUGAGUUCGCGAAAACGACCUCAAAGACGGCGGAAAAGACCUCAAGUUAUGUCCCGAACGUCAUCGUACUCCUCGAUCACGGACUCUACAAUGUCUAUGCACAUUAUCACUGUUACUUUAAAUAUGGACACAGUCAAUUUUCUGGGGAUCUCGAUAGUGGGGCAGUCCAACAAGGGUGGGGAUGGUGGAAUUUACGUCGGAAGUAUCAUGAAGGGCGGUGCUGUGGCCCUAGACGGAAGAAUAGAGCCCGGUGACAUGAUUCUGCAGGUCAAUGAUGUCAAUUUCGAAGAUAUGACCAAUGAUGAAGCUGUCCGCGUGCUCAGGGAGGUCGUUCAGAAGCCUGGACCCAUCAAACUGGUGGUAGCCAAAUGCUGGGAUCCCAAUCCUAAAGGAUACUUUACCAUACCCAGAACAGAACCUGUCAGACCAAUAGACCCAGGGGCAUGGGUGGCUCACACGCAGGCCCUUCGCGAGGCGUAUCCGCCGCCGCCUCCCUCGUUGUCCGCGCUGCCGGUGUCGUCGGUGUCGGAGCGCGGGGCUUCGGACGCCAGCACGGUCCCGGCCGGAGCCCUGGAGCCCCAGCUCUCGGUCAACAUGGACAUGGCUGUCGUCGUGAGGGCCAUGCUGAGGCCGGAUUCUGGACUGGAGAUCCGUGAUCGGAUGUGGUUGAAGAUAACUAUACCUAAUGCAUUCAUCGGUGCUGACAUAGUGGACUGGAUACUACAGCACGUAGCCGGGAUAGCUGACCGGAGAGACGCAAGAAAAUAUGCCUCACAUAUGCUCAAGGCCGGCUUCAUAAGGCACACGGUUAACAAGAUAACGUUCAGCGAGCAGUGUUACUACGUGGCGGGCGCGGGCUGGCUGGGCGGCGAGCUGUCCUCGCUCAGGAUACGUGCUGACGACGCUGACGUCAAGCCCCUCCCGGACCCAGGCCUCAUGGCCCCAGGAUACGUACCAUAUGCUGGCUCGUAUGGCUACCAGCCCAUACCCUUCAAGUAUUCCUGUGCCAACAGCGAACACACCAUAUACGGGUACAACCGAGAAGAGUCCGCGGUGUCGGGCAGCGGGGGCUCGAGUGGGGGCUCGGAGCGCGGCGCGGGGGGCGGCGGCGGUCCGGGGGGCACCGGGGGGCCCACGCUCGACGAGAGGAAGUCCUCCUCGUCCGGCUCGCGCUCCUCGCCGCGGCCCGCCGACAGGCCUGUGCUCUUCCUAUAACGGACCCAGUUGUGAUCCCGCCCGCGCCGGCUGGGAGCGUUUCUAUGAACACCGCAGAUGCGGUGGUAGCGUUGUGAACAUAUUUGUAUACAUGUCACCUAAUGUUAUAUGAGUAUAUCCGGGGAAGUUUAUCGGUACGAUACAGGUCGUGUAAAUAAAUUUUAAGAGAUAAUUAUUAGCGUUUGACUCGGACCUCGUGUCUCAAAGGUUGUGGUCCACGGGCCCCGGUGCAGUUGAUAAUGUCUUCGAUGAUCACACUCCGGGCUGUGCUUAGGAUGAGAAUGUACAAGUUUGUACAACCCUUGAUUUUUAAUUACCAGAUAAAUUUUGGGAGUGACGUGGAGGGGGAAGCUUAGUGACGACGUGUUGAUGUCCACGGGCGACAGUGAGAUAAUCUAAUAACUCAUUAAUACUUUUGAAAUCAAUCACAACGUGGCUAGUAGUAGACUGCAGAUAGCUCGUCCGCUUUGGCCCCAAAUGACGUCAUAUGUUAGGAAGUCGAGUCCAGGUGCGAUUGAUUAAGGUCUUAAACAAAUUCUAUAGUCUUAAUAUCAAUGAUUGGAUUGCUCGGUGCUUUUGUCCGGGAUCCCCGUUGCGAUGUAAACAUUACGACCUCCUUCGAAGUUGAACUUCUGUUCGCGACGAACUCGCGCGCGUGCUUGUACACUAACAUAACGAUGGUCACGUACAAUUAAUUGUAUGCGUGUUGGAUAAAUACGUUGUAAGUUGAUUAGUGAAAUAUUUGAGUUACCCUCCAGAAGUGCAUCUUCUCACGUGCGCACAUCGCAAUUUUUUUACCAUCGCAUCUGCUCGUCCUCAUGGUUCAUAAUCAUAAUUCAGUUACACUCCAGAAGUGCAACUUCUCACGUGCGCACAUCGCAGAUAAGACUUCUCGAAACAAUCGCAUCUGUCCAUACUCAUGGUUGGAUCUCGGAAGAGUUCUGGAAGAUUCUUCCACCGUUUCCCUCGUCAGCCACGGUCGCUUCUGUUUUUGGUAAUUAAAAAAAUUUAUAUUCCAUUGGGACACCGAGUUGUCCUUGUAGUUUGAGCUAUUGAUUGACAUGUCAGAACGGUACUGACAUGCGACAAGUCUGAUUUGACGAUUUCGAACGUUAGUUACAAUUGGCAGCGAUGAUUAUUGUUAAUAUUUAAGAGUACGUGCCAUUUUAUUGUAUUAUUAUAUUUGUUUAUAUUUUAUUUUGAAAAAUUUUCUUUGAGGUCGGACCGCGCUCAUUGCGGCUGUCCAUGGACGCAUUAGUCUCUUAAUUGUAGGUUUUUUUAAUUGCUUAAAUGG